CAAAACGUGGACAACCCACUUUUCCUUUUCAUUGGCUAUCAAUAAUAACCCCUCCUAAGACGAUCCCAUGUUCACUCUCCCUUCUUCCUGAUUGGUUGCUUUAUCCAUCCAUCCAUCAUUUGUUUCUCUACUAUCUGCUUAGCUUUUAUUUUGAAGUAUUUGCUUUACUUUUGGGUUACCUGACUUCCUGUCCUUUUGAACUUCUUUGUAGUCAGCUCACACUGCUGCACCUCCUCUUCUCUGAGAAUGACUGUACGGAGUCUGGAGUCUCUUUGCAGUGCCUGGCUUUCGCAAAAUCCCGUGGAGUCUCAAGGUGCCUAACACCUAUUUAUUUUAAUUUUUUUCCGUCUUUGUCAAAUCAGACAAAUUUGUCUGAAAUCAAAGACAAUAAGCGGAGAUGAAACCCAACUUGCACACUAACAAUAAUUUGCUUAUUUUGGAGCAUGGUUCUCCAAGCUAUAGCAACAUAUGUGGGAAAAGAACAAAGGGUGCCUUAUUUGCCCUCCAGUAAAAAUCAGACGCUGAACACUAUGAAGCUGCUUGAAGGACGAACGGGUCGCUUAGUAGAUCUGGGAUCGGGAGAUGGAAGACUGGUGUUUGCUGCCUCCUCUGCUGGUUUCCAGUGUACAGGCUUUGAGAUUAACUCUUUAUUAGUGGCCUAUGCCAGGAGCAAGGCUCUCUGGACAGGUGUUCCCUCCAGUCAAGCAACCUUUGUCAAAAAAGACUUUUGGAAGACUGAUUUGUCUUCAUACAACAACGUGACUGCUUUCCUCGCUCCAGGAGUGAUGGGAGUGCUCGGUGAAAAGCUGUUGAAAGAGCUUCCCGGCAAUGCACGUGUAAUCACGUGUCGUUUUCCUUUCCCCAACUGGCCUCAACGCUUGUCUGUGGGCUCCGGUCUUGACCAGACUUUUGCUUAUGACAUAGACGCUGUGCGCUCACACCUAAGAAUUAGUGUGAGCGCACAGUGAACAGUGGUGUGGCAGUCUUUCUGGGUUCUUUUUUUACCCUGAUCUGUUGUUUUCACAACCCCACAGACACCGGGAAUCAACUAAAAGGUGACGUUUAAAGCCAUAGCACAGGAAAAGCAGUGCAGUGAUGAAAGGGACUCCUUAUUCGACAAGAUGAUUUCUAGAGCACUUAGACCUAAUCAGUAUUAGUUCAGUCUUUGCACUGAUCACAGAUGCUUAAGAUAUGGUUGUGACUCCACUUUGUAAGAACUUUAUUCACACUAACGCACCUCAUUAGAAGCCUGCUAUGUUUGACUCAUGUGUGGUUUGUUAAAUCACUGCCUAUGUAAAAGCAUUUAAUGGA